AUGCUGGGACCACAAUUAAUGUUCGCAGCGGCAAUUGCAGCCGUUGCUGCGUCUGCUGGCUACCUGCCUCCCACUGCUGAGAACCCGCAUUUCUCACUCAACCUUAAAAGGCAGAGCAACGGGACGAACUUCCACGGCCCGUACAGUACGCAGGGCAGAGACAUUGUCGACAGUCGCGGAGAAAAGAUAACAUGGGCGGGUGUCAAUUGGCCCAUGUCUGGAGAAACCAUGAUUCCAGAAGGCCUUGAGUGGGCGUCAGCGGACGAGAUUCUUGACGACAUUGCAAGUGUUGGCUGGAACUACAUCCGCAUGGGUUAUGCCAUUGAAAUGAUCGACCAAGUUUACGACAGGAAUGGAACAGAUGUUCCUCUCGAGGUUGCUCUCAUCAAUGCUCUAGGCUAUGUAAACGGCACGAAAGUCACCAACGAGAUCAUCGCAAAGAACCCCGGAUGGACAUCUCAGACGACUCGAUUCCAGAUCUGGUCCGACAUUGCUGACCUGGCCGCCACCAAGGGCAUCUUCAUCUCGCCCGACGUGCACGUCGGCAAAGCGCAAUGGUGCUGCUCCCACAUCGACGGCAACGCCUGGUUCGACGACAUCAACUUCAACGCCACACAUUGGCGCCGCGGCAUCUCCUACGUCGCCGACUGGGCGAAACAGCACCCCAAUAUCGUCAGCAUGUCGCUGCGCAACGAGCUGCGCGAGUCGUGGAACAAAACAGACCUGUACUACAACUGGGACACGCUGGUGGGCAACAUGACAGCCGGCGCUGACGCCAUCCACACCGCGAACCCAGACAUCCUCAUCAUCUGGUCCGGCAUGCAGUACGGGCAGGAUCUGAGCGCGCUGACAAGCGGGAAGAACAUCCUGGCCGCCCCCUGCUACAAAUGCACCGCGAUCCGCGACGCCGCGCGCCGCGACCCCGUCGUGUUCAACCUGCAAGACCACGCCUGGGCCGACAAACUCGUCUGGGAACUGCACCUGUACCGCAUGAGCGAGGACGUCGACACGGGUACUUGCGACAUCAUCAAAGCGGGGUUCUACCGCAACGGCAUGAAUGCCCUCGGCAUCGACGCGCCGCCGGCAUGCAACGUAACAAACGACUGUCCGCCUGCCGUCGCCCAGACGCCCGUCAUCAUCUCCGAGUUUGGCUCCGCACAGGACGAGACGCUGUUCAACGAUACGCUCCAGAAUUGUCUCAAGGAGUACACGGUUGAGAACGGCAUUAGCUGGAUGAUGUGGGGCGUUGCGGGUAGUUACAGGAUCAGAUCAGGAGUCCAAGGCUUCACGGAUACGUGGGGGAUGACUACCCCGGAUUGGACGGGCUGGCAGUAUGAGAGGGGCGUCGAGGAGUUCUGGAAGCCGUGGGUCGAGGCCAUGAAUGUUACGCAUGUCGUCAAGGGAUGCGAUUGGAUGCUCUGA